GUACCCUGAAGUCCAGAGUUCUUUACUCAGAGGGUAAAUGUGUGUUACUAAGUUGAAUGUUGAAGCCUCAGAGUUUAAAAAAAGAGACAGCAGGACUCUGAAGCCCGAUGGGGGACAGAUGGGUGACGUCACUCUCUCUCUCCUUUACUGCGACUCUCAGGUGAAGAUGAACGCGGCGGUCGCACAAAGGCACGCCGCCUCUUUUCUCCCCGACAUCACGCAGAACAGGAAGAGACACAGGAAGAGUUUCCAUCACAGCUGGAUGAAGGAGACUCUGGGAGCUGCUGUAGCUUCAGAUCCAUCAGAUGAUCUCCUCCUCUCCAGGGCGGACGUCUCAAAGUUUAAAAACCCUUUGAAGCAGAUCGUCUGUGUGGAGAUGCUUCAGGAAGGUUUCCACAGGUCGUACUCUGAGCUCUUCUUCCUGCUGACCUGUGAUCAGAAUCGCAGGGCGGCGGCCAAACCCGGCUCCGCUCUCUCUCUUCAGACUCCGCUGGAAGAACAACAAGACAAACUGGAGACGAUGAGACGUCACCUGAGCAGAGCGGAGCAGGCCGAACGCACCAGCUCCUGGACUGUGGCGUGCGAGCAGUGUCUGUUUCUAGGCGGGUUCUUCUCGUCUGUGGAGGAUCUCUGGAUCAGUUUGCACUUUUACCACAGCUGUGCAGAGAGAGAGCACGGGGGGCGAUCGAGACCGGCUACUGAGGCCCGAGUGUGUUUGUCUGAAGUCUACCUGCAGACAGGUGAUGUGGAGCAGGCGAGGCAGCAGGCCGAGCGCUGCAUCCAGCAGGUGGAGGAGGGAGGCUGGCUCGACUCUGACGGUCGGCCCCUCAGGCUCCGGGGCCGCAUGGUGCUGUGGAGGAUCUACAGCCGGAUGGCGGACUCUCUGCUGGACGCUGAAGACUACAACGAGGCCCUGACGCUGCUGCACAGAGGAUACAGCAUGGCUGCAGCGUCUGAAGACAAACAGGUGGAAGCAGAAGCCGCCUACCGCCUGGGCCUGACCAAUCAGAGAGCAGGAGACCACAACACAGCCAAACAUUUCUUCAACAUGUGCAUGAAGAUUUUCGGCACACUGGAGGACGCAGACGGACUGGGGAAGUCCUACAAGGCUAUGGCCAAGUCUCUGGAGAGUGAGGAAAACGUAGAUGAGACCGUUCGGUGUUUGGAGAAGUUAGCUGAUAUCUCACUUAAGAGUGGACUGCAGCACAACCUGGUGGACGCCUACCUGAGUCUGGGUAACAUCUACUUUAAUAGGAGUCAGUACCUGAGAGCCUGUGAGUUUUUUCUGCAGGGUUAUGAAGUCGCCCGUGACCUGGGAGACAUUCCUCUGCUGGAGAAAUCACAGGUGUUUGUUGCCACUGCUCGCGCUCAAUGCCUAAUCAGGAAGUACACCGCUGACCUGAAGUCGGCCACGCCCACCGCCCUGCAACGACUUCUGGCCUGGGGAAAACCCCGAGCAGCUCAGGAUUUCAGUUCAGACUCUCCGGAUGAUCCUGAGUCUCCCAUGUACCCCUGAUACUGAUAAAGACGGCUGUUAUUUAUUUAUGAUAGCAGCUCAAACAAACAGGCUGUCGUUCAUUUUUCUCUUUAGAAUCAAAUAUUUACAAUAAAAAAAAACGUUUUUGGAUGAUUUCAGCGGCAUGAGAAUCUGUAUUUACAAAGGUCACAUAUUCUCCUCCUCAUCAGUUUAAAUAAGUGUCAGAACUCCUCAAAAGAUUAAGUUUCUAGUUCUAAAUCCUCUCUAAUCCUGAUCCUGGUCUUGUCUCGGAGCACUCUGGUCCCAGGUCUGUCUUGGUCUCGGUUAGUGUGUCUUGACUAACUGACACACGUCAUUGCCAGUAAAAUCAAAAACACAUCUUAACAAUCAUCACAUUUACAAACAUUACAGAUGUUAGAUCGAGGUGCGAGUUCACAGUCUGAUAAAAAUGAAAUAAAUGUUGUUUGAAAAGAAGACUACUUUACUAAGUAGUUAGAAAGACUACUGACACACUUCUGAUAUCAGGUUAUACAACCUUUAAAAGUCUUCAAUUAUUUAACUGUAAUUAAAUAAACGACUGACUUAGGCGACAGUAGCUCGUUCUGUAGGGAAUCAGAGGCUCGCCGGUUCAAGUCACUUA